AUGGAUGGGAUAGCCUUUGGCAUGAUGCCCGGGACCGUCCGGGUGCGGAGUAAGCCGCUUCAAGGGAUGCUGAACCAGCGGAAGACCAAAGCUCAGCGGAAAAAGCGAAAGGAGUUGUUCGGUGGGCAGAUGUUCUUCAUGGGGGUACUGCUCGCUCUUGUAAAGGGGCUCUCGUGUUUGGUCGAGAAAGCAGGUUAUGACAUCUCCAGCCUUACUACUGAGGAGGGUGCCAGAUGGGAGAGUCGGAGGCUACUACAGGAGUCCUGGGACAACGAGACAGACCUUCUGUUGAAUCCCCCGUCCAAAAACUGCACUGAGCCAGCGUUACAUGAGUUCCCCACAGACCUGUUCACCAACCAGGAGCGCACAGAGGGAGCGGUGGCCCUACACGUCCUGUUUGCCAUGUACAUGUUCUAUGCACUGGCUCUGGUGUGCGACGACUACUUUGUUCCCUCUCUGGAGAAGAUAUGCGAGCGUCUACAUCUUAGUGAGGAUGUGGCAGGUGCAACCUUCAUGGCAGCCGGCAGUUCAGCUCCUGAACUCUUCACCUCUGUUAUCGGUGUGUUCAUCACUAAAGGGGAUGUGGGGGUGGGCACGAUCGUGGGCUCAGCUGUCUUCAAUAUCCUCUGCAUCAUUGGAGUGUGUGGAAUAUUUGCUGGCCAGGCAGUGCAUCUGUCUCGUUGGUCUCUUAUGAGAGACUCUAUGUACUACACCCUAUCCAUCACUGCUCUUAUAGUGUUCAUAUAUGAUGAAAAGGUUUCAUGGUGGGAGUCGCUGACACUGGUUCUGAUGUAUUUCGGCUAUAUUUUGAUAAUGAAGUUUAACUCGAACAUUGUGCAUUUCCUGGAGAGGCGGAAGAAGAACUCGCCCAGCCUGGGGAACGGCACGGCCAGUAACGCUGACCUGGACGACAACUGUGACGCCAGCGCUGUCCUGCUGAAGAAAACUAACUUCCACAGAAAGCAGUCAGUGUUGAUGGUAGAUGAGUUGCUGUCAGCCUACCCCCACCAGCUGUCCUUCUCUGAAGCCGGCAUGAGGAUCAUGAUCACCAGCCACUUCUCCCCUCGCACACGCCUCUCCAUGGCCUCACGCAUGCUCAUCACUGAGAGACAGCGUCUGAUUAGCACCCGGCCGUUCACUAACGGAGACUCCGAGGUCACAGUGAAGGUCGGCAGUAGACGGGGCCUGGAGAACGGACUGGGCGGGCCUGAAAGGGGAGUCAAAGGUCGCCGUGGUCACCAUGGAGAGGACGACAGGGGAGAUGUGGAGGCCGGCAACGAGACGGAAAACGAGAACGAAGACAAUGAGAAUAAUGAGAACGAUGAAGAGGAGGAGGACGUAGGGGAGGGACCUUUCGUGCCCUUUCACGCCCCAGCUGGGUGCUGUAAUAAGGUCAAGUGGCUGUUGGCCUGGCCUCUGUGCCUGCUGUUGUUCUUCACGGUGCCUAACUGUGCCAACACUCGCUGGGAGAGAUGGUUCAUGGUCUCCUUCGUCACUUCCACCCUCUGGAUUGCUGGUUUUUCCUAUGUCAUGGUCUGGAUGGUGACAGUGAUCGGAUUUACUCUCGGUAUCCCCGACGUCAUCAUGGGCAUCACCUUCCUGGCAGCUGGCACCAGUGUCCCUGAUUGCAUGGCCAGUCUUAUAGUGGCACGGCAAGGUUUUGGGGACAUGGCUGUGUCUAACUCUAUAGGCAGUAAUGUGUUUGAUAUCCUGAUUGGACUGGGCCUUCCCUGGGCCCUGCAGACUCUGGCCAUCAACUACGGCUCCUACAUUAAACUGAACAGCAAAGGGCUCAUCUUCUCUGUGGGACUUCUGUUGGGGUCUGUGUUCCUCACAGUCCUGGGGGUACAUCUGAAUGGGUGGAAACUGGACCGUCGUUUGGGCCUGGUGUGUCUGCUCAUGUACUGCAUCUUUCUCUGCUUCUCCAUCCUCAUUGAGUACAACGUCUUCACCUUCGUCAACCUGCCCACCUGCAGAGACCGCUGAGACCCAGUUCUCACUCUCCCUUCUCUUUCUCCUCCCGGUCCUCCUGCCCCCACUCUCCAGGAGAUGGUCUGGCUUGGGAGGGAUCUGUCUGCACCUCAGAUAUUUGUAUUAUUAUUAUUAUUAUUUUCUUUAUGGUCAGUGCAAUAGGGAAUAGCGUGUGUGUGGUUUAAAGAGGAGAGGAGAUAAACUGGGCACACAUGCAGGAGCACAAACUGACUUGUAAAUAGCUUUCACACAGGACUCGUGAACGAAGCUAUUUUUGUCGACUACUGCCUACUUUGAUGUUAAGAUUUUUAUUUGUUUAGGAUUUUUGUAAAGGUGUCUGAAACUGCAUUAUAUUCUACCGUGUGAUCUUGAUGACAAUUUAUAAUGUAAUAUGUUUAUUAGCUGCUAACUGGCUUUGAUGAAAGCCGGUCUUAUACGAGUCUAUAAUGUGUACUGGAAUGGUGUUGUUUGAACAAUAUUAAAUGUUUUCCGCUUUGUAAAUACAUGCAGGCAGAUAUUCUAUUUAUUAAUUUAUUGAUCGUUAUUUAUUUUAAAUCCAAACCAACCCGGUUGGUCUCGAAGAUGAGCUAAUUUUGGAGAUACUGUCUGUAGAGCUUAGUGCCACCAACACCCCUUGGCAUGUUAUGAGACUCCAGUCUACAGUCACUUUUAGGGGAAACAGCCUUCCAACCUUCUUUUGACUCUUGCAAAAGAGGAGUCUCUACUAAAAGUAUUCUGAGCAUUUACUCUAUGAUGGACUUGAUUUUAGAUCGUCACAAUUUACAGACGAAAAUGCAUCCUUAGCAAAGUCAAACUUAUUCAGUGAGACUGCACUGAAGUAUAUUAUGUGAUGUCUGUCCAAGGUGGGAGACGGUCUCUGUUUCAAUGACAAUGAGUGUUCCUACUUGCUUAUUAUUAUGGCAAUCUGGUCAAAUGAAGCAAGCUUUGUGAAACAGUAAACUCCUUUUUUCCACACAUGGAGCACAAGAGAAUGAUAUGUGCUGCCACAUAGGGGCACAACCAUGAACUACAGCACAAUAUUGGAUUCCUACAGACUUUUUCUUGUUCCAAGUAACUUUUACCAAAUGUACAUUGCCUAGAUGGACUUCCUGUAUAAAGGAUGGACUUCCUGUACCACCGACACACAGAGGAAAUUAGGCAUUUCUGUACUAAUGAGUACUCCCAGUGUUAUGAUUCAUAGAGGUAGAGAUGCACUUUAAAUAAAGCAUCUGAACUUUGGCUGACCUGAUGUUGGUUGAGCUGCGGUAAUUCAUUUUUUGUAAUGCACAAUGUUUAGAUUUGUCCAGAUGGUAGGUUGUACUACAUUUAAAUCAGUUCUUAUGUCCUUUACGCCUUUAGUUUUAGGGAUUAUAUCAGAUGUAAUCUGUAGACAUGCAGGGGAUUCUAGGACACUUGUUCAAGGCAGAACCAGUCGUGCGUUGAUUGAAUGUUUGCUAUGUUAGUAACACCAUCGCACCUUUAUUUGACCUUUACAAAAUAUAUUUAUCACACCACUGUAAACACACAGCAGACUAAGGGCUCUAUUCAAUCCGCUUCGCGGAAGUUCAGUUUUAAAGCGGGAUUGAAAUUUAAAGGCAAUGUUCUCGCUUCAGCAGUUUACAUUAACGGUAAACGCUGCAUAUAGUCGAAUCAAUCGGGAAUUACUUUUACAUUUCUGUUGCGGAAUCUGUAACGCUUCAGUUUUACAGAUUGAAUAGAGCCCUAACACUAUCUGUAAAAACCAAGAUUUUUCAUCUGGUAGGUUUUUUUCAUAGAUGCAAAUAACACACAUUUAUUGGAGAAAAAAAACAACUUGCUUUACAAACUGCUCUGAAUGACUUGUGAACACUCAUUGUGAACAUUCAAUCUUGUGAACACUCAUUUUAUGGACCAAUAACACAAUAUCUCAAAUACAUAAGUUAUGAUUAAAAAAAAGUCGCAAUAUACAAAGUUUUAGGGUUGCAUUUAUUUUGAAGCAUGUUUAUCGUUUGUUUUUGUUCAUUUAUUUAUUUGUCUUGGGAAAUGAGUAGCGACGGAGCACAACUCUAAUGUCAAAGGAAAACAGGGUUUUUAAAAUGUAAAAUCAUUUAUAAUGCAAUAAUGAUGAGCUUUACAAUGUAAAUAUGUUGUUUCUUUUCAUUUGAUUGAAGGCACAUUUCUAGAUGGUAUGUACAGUCGCACAUCCCUCUGUCAAGAGUGUGAAAUGUAUCUUGUCAGGCAGACUAAAACUAAGUGGUUUACAGAAGUCUGCACUGGAAGCUUGAUAUGAAAAGUGACUUAGAUCUACCAAGCCUAUAAGUCAAAGACUCCUAACUUGUUUUAAUUGGCCAAUAUCAAACAAAUAUCCCCAUGCAGCAUUCAAUACAUUAAGUUGAAAAGAUAUCUCCAGUGGCACAUCUAACUGAAAUGUUAACCAGUGACAUAUUCAUCCUUAGCCAUAAUACCAUUGACAAAUAUGGUCAGAUGUCAUGUUGUGCUGCUGUUCAUUUAUCCCUGGUUUGAUGAGGAUUAUGAUCUGAAAACAGGUACUGUACAACACAGGAGGUUGGUGGCACCUUCAUUGGGGAGGACUGGCUCGUGGUAAUGGCUGGAGCAGAAUUGAUGGAAUGGUAUCACAUAUCAAACAUGGUUUCCGUGUGUUUGAUGCCAUUCCAUUUGUGCCAUUCCGACCGUUAUUAUGAGCUGUUCUCCCCUCAAAUACCACCAUGUGCUUGAAAUUCACCAGACUAUCACCAAGACUCAUAUCUGCAGGUGAGCGGUCUUGAAGAAAGGAAUAUUUUAAUAAUUUGUGAAGUUCACAUGGUGAUAUAUAUUGCUGAUGUACAUAUAUACAUACAUGUAAAUGUAUUUAUAUAUUUUGUGUUAAUCUGUAUAUUUGUUCAAUAUAUUUUCAUAGAUAUGAUCUUAGGUCCCCCUUGGUACCCUCCUUAGUCCUUUGUUUUGUUGUGUUUGAGAUUUUGAUAUCACCUUGUCCUUUGUUAACUCGCAUGGAUAUAUUUUAAUAUAAUACAUUAUUUAUUCUAAUUAUAAUGUAAUUUGAAUCAGAAUUAUAUAUAUUAAAGACGGCACUAAACUUGGCUGUUGAACUGGACCUCCUAGAUGACUGCAUGUUGUUUCUGAUAGGAUUGCUGAGUUUGAUGAUGUAAUGUUAAUCAAUUAACCUGAAGUAUGCCUCCGGAACAGGGAGAUCAAAACAGAAUGGUUUACUUUGUGUGCCGAUGUUUCAGAUGUAAUUUAGAAUACUUUUGGUACUUCCGCAUAAAUAAAGUAUAUUUGCUUAAGGUAA